UAGAGAGAAGAUGGUAUUUGUCACUGUGGGAACAACAAAGUUUGACGCGCUGGUCGAGGCUGUUUCAUCCCCCAGCAUACGUAGACAACUAGAAAGUCUUGGUUUCACCCGAUUGGUACUACAGAUUGGACGUGGUCAGUAUGAACCCGAGUCGUUCAUUAAACCAAAUUUUCGUAUGGAUGUCUAUAGAUUUAAGGAUUCUAUUGCGGAUGACAUCAAGGGUGCUUCACUUAUUAUCAGCCAUGCAGGUGCCGGUAGUGUAUUAGAAAGUCUUGGUGCUAAGAAACCACUGGUGGUGGUAAUCAAUGAACAUUUAAUGGGUAACCACCAGAUAGAACUUGCAUAUAAACUCUACACAGAGGGACAUCUACUCUAUUGCACUCCUAGUGAGUUAUUGAAGACAUUACAAGAUCUUGAUGUCUCCAAACUGAAGCCAUUCCCUCCUGGACAGCCCGAGAAGUUUGCUGCCUAUGUUGAUCAGUUCUUUGGAUUGUCAUGAUUAAGAAAACUCAGGGAAACAGGGUCUUGAUGGUUAAAAAGUUAAAUUAAUAACCUAAUUAAAUAAAUUAAUGCUAUUAACACAUUGCAAGCUGUAAGCCUCCACAGACUUACUGUAAAAUACUUUAUUUCAGCAGGAAUUAAUUUUUACUG